AAACUCUGUCCAGAAAGAGCAGAAGCUUCCCCUGGUGGUGUAUUUUCAUGGGGGAGCCUUUUGCAUAGCGACUGUGGCCGAGCCUAAGUACCACACCAGCCUCUAGUGGCAGAGGCUAAUGUUGUGGUUCUUUCUGUGGAUUAUCGGCUAGCCCCUGAACACCCUCUUCCAACGGCGUAUGAGGACUCUAGGGCUUCACUUCAGUGGGUGGCUUCCCAUAUCGUGGGAGAUAGCGAUGGCCAGGAGGAUUGGCUCAAAGAUUAUGUGGAUUUUGAGCAGGUGUUUCUGGCUGGUGACAGUGCUGGUGCUAAUAUUGCACACCACUUGGCUUUGAAGAUCAAGGAUUCGGAUCUGGACCUGAAGAUUCUUGGUAUUGGUAUGAUCCAUCCUUACUUUUGAGGGACAAAUCCCAUUGGAUCCGAGAUUACUGAUUCAUUCAGGAAGGGAUUGGUGGAUAACUGGUGGUUGUUUGUAUGUCCUUCCGACGAAGGGUGCGAUGACCUGCUCAUCAACCCGUAUGUGGAUGGAGCACCUGAUCUUGCCGGCUUGGCAUGUGACACGGUGCUUGGCGGAAAAGGAUAUAUUGAAGGACAGAGGGAAGCUUUGCCAUGAGAAAUUGGCGGGGAGCAACUGGCCGGGAACGGUGGAGCUGAUGGAGAUAGAAGGGGAGGAUCAUGUCUUCCAUACCUUUGAGCCCAGUUCUGUCAAGGCAAAAAAUAUAGGUUAGCUUCUUUCUUCAAUCAAGGAGAGACUCCUGUUCUGUGAAGGUGUGGCUGCUUAAUUAUUUGGUCCCUGUUAAUUAUUUGGGCCUUUUCACAAACUUAGCCCGCAUAAGAGGGCUUGUAACCCUUGUUACCCUUUUGGGCCUUCCCCAAGUUAAUAUUUUUUUCUUGAGCUUAUGAAUAAGUUCAUAAAGCCCCCAUUAUUUAAUAAUGAAUAGAACUAGAAUUUUCAG